GAGAGGAAAAGCGUCCUUAAACGUGGGCUGUUGUGUAAUCCCUCCCAGGGCCCCUUUGCUAUUUUUGUGCCUGGGUCCGCACGUCACGGUUGGGUAUUUUCUCUGGUGACUAGCUCGCAUCAAUAGAUCUUCUAAUGUACACCCAGUCAGCCAGCAGCUUCAUGACUGAUGGGACUUUACCUUGCUAAUUUAUUUCAUUAUUGUUACCCGGGCAUGAGGAGAAUGGAGAAAUGGACUAUGCAGUAUGAGGAAUGUCACAUGUGACUGUCGAUAUGGGACAAGGGACUAUUCAAAUGUCAGAUGACCCUUCCCAGGAAUCAUUCACACAUAUGUUAAUAUCACUACAGUUACAUAACAGACGGUGUCCUUGAAAAUUGAUCCCAAAGAAAGUGACAUUGAAUUCAUGGAGUCACUUGAAGCCACUGCAGGGGUGAAAAGCUCUGUUGAGGGUCAGGACAGAAAUGUUGCACAGAAGAAAUGCACCUCAGAGGCAGCACAGACUAAAAGGAGUCCAUCAGUGGAAUCAGAAGGCACGGGGUGGCACCAACAACUGCAAGAAGACCAGAGCAGAGACACAAGUGGUUUCAUAGAAAUGUCUGACUCAGGGAAAUCCCUGCAGUUAGAAGAUCAGCACUCCCAAAUCCAGUCCACAAUCCAUCCAGACCAUGAGGGGUCUACAUAUCCGGGACAGUCCACAAAACAGUUUCCUAGUGGCAGACAGAAAGCUCUAUGUCAGCUAGGUUCUGCACAGUCACCAGGACCUGCAUCUCACAUGAAGUCCACCAGUUCACCUGAAGUCCAACAACAGUGCUCCCAUUCAGGGAUGGAUCAGCUGUCGGAGACUGUGAGCAAGGUGGAACAGAAGCCACAAAAGCCCGGGAAGUAUGUUUGUGAUUACUGUGGAAGGGCGUGUGCCAAACCCAGUGUGCUCAAGAAACAUAUACGCUCGCACACCGGGGAACGGCCCUAUCCAUGUGUCCCCUGUGGGUUUUCCUUCAAAACCAAGAGCAAUUUAUAUAAACACAGAAAGUCCCAUGCUCACUCGGUAAAAGCUGGAACAGUGCCACUCUCAGAACUUGGUUCUUAUAAUGCCAAUACAGACCAGGGGUCUUUUGAAGGGGAAGGAGAGUUAUUCUCUGAUGCUGAGCAAAGCACGGACACGGACGAGGACACUCUUAAUGACCCGCUGCUGCUGCUGGACUCUCCAGUGGAGGGAUCAGAUAACACUGCUGUAAAAGUACUAAAUCUCAUUGCUCAGAAAAAGGGAGCCACGUCGAUGUCAGCUCAGGAUGGUUCAUCCCAGACCCCAGAAAUCAAUGCACCUCCUGCCGCUUCCGAGGCUAGCCGUGCAAUUCAAUCUUGCACCAUCAAACAGAGGCUCGCACUUCGGCUGUCUGAAAAAAGAAGCAGCGACUCGGAGCACAAUCUGUCCCUACCGAGUCAGUCUAGCAAGGGCAGCACGGACUCUGGCUACUUCUCGCGCUCUGAGAGUACCGAGCACCAGACUGGUCCCCCCAACACCAACGCAAAGACCUAUCAAGAAAUUAUGUUUGGGAAGUGUUACAGACCAAGCCCUAAACAGACAGCAGCCUUUGUGGCUUGUAGCACAGACUCAAGUGAGUAUACCACAAAACGUGCUGAGAAAGGCGUGUCCCGUGUGUUCACUCAAGAAAAAGACACUGUUGAGUCAAUCAAAAUAAACACAAAGUCAUUCACGAGGGAAGAGCUAAAAGAACCCCAGUUAGAUGCUGGCUCUGAUGUGGGGCUUCUGAUCAGAAGCAACUCCAUGCCAGCAGCCUCAGCAGUUUGUCUGACCAUGCCUCAAGCCCUUAGAGGCAGCCACUCGUUUGAUGAGAGAACAAGUACUGGAGGCAAUAGGAGACUAAGGCGGCAAGCUGCUUUCGAACACUCUGCACAUGAAGGCCACACAGACACUGACAGCCAUGGAAAGAUGGGCGAGAGUGGCAAUGCACCUCAUGGAUUGGAAAUGGAAAGUUACCCCUCUAUGGCAACUAAUAUGAGCCAUCAGAGACAUGCAAUGGAACUGGCAACAAGGAAGCGUCGAAAGGAGAAGAGGGAAGAAGAAGAAUUGGCAGGUCAAUAUGAAGUUCAUCACGAGUGUGAAGAGAUGUUUGAUUUAAGCAAGGACUAUGAUUCAAAACAACCUGCAGCUGGGAUUACGGCUUUAGGAAAAGGACGCUCUUCAAGUAUGCUAACACAGGUGGACAGGUGUGACAUGGACAUAUCAGUAAGCCUUGAGAUGUCUGGACGAAAAACUUUAGGGAAUGUCAUUUCUGUUAUCCAGCACACAAACUCAAUAAACAGGCCUCUCUCUGAACAGACAGAAUCGUACAAGUAUCAAGGGCAGAGACAGGAAAGUAUUUCUUCAUUUCAAGCUAUGGAGGCAAGUGAAUCAUAUGAGUUGGAAAGGACUGAUAGCAGCCUCAGGCAAUCGUUUCAAAUAGGCCCUAAACUUGUGCGACAGCCCAACAUACAAGUCCCAGAAAUUAGGGUCACAGUAGAGCCUGACAGUCCAGAAAAAGCUCCAGAGGUGCAGGUGAAGGAGCCAGAGAAGCACGUGGAGGAGUUUCAGUGGCCUCAAAGGAGUGAAACUUUAGCACAAUUCCCUCCAGAAAAGCUCCCUCCAAAGAAAAAAAGGCUUCGCUUAGCUGAUAUUGAGCACUCCUCUGGUGAAUCUAGUUUUGAGUCUGCCUGCACCAGUCUCUCUCGCAGCCCUAGCCAAGACAGCAACUUGUCUUAUAGCUCCACCUUCUCCUUUGACAGGGAGGAGAGCUUGAAGUCAGUCUCUCCAGCCAGGCAAGAUGAAUUUGGCAAACCGUUAGAGCUCUUAGCUGUGCCAGGGAGUGGGCACUCCCUCUCUGUGCUUAACCAGCGUCAACAACAUGAAAUGAGACGCUCCUCCUCAGAGCAGGCGCCGUGUAACUUGCGCAAGGAGUUCCCAGAGGUACGCAGCAUAUCAUUUGACUAUGGCAGUCUUUCUCCAACAUCCAAAGUUAGACACGUGGACAUCAGUGUUGGCCACUCGGCUGUGAGGGAGAGAAGGAGGGGAAACUUGGUGCGACAGGAGUCAUUGAAUAUGGACACUGAGGUAACACAAGUCCCGUCACAAGUGUUUCCGCAGCACUUCUGUAGCACGUCUCCCCCAUUCACAGCAGUUGCUGUCCUGCCACAGACUUUGCCAAUAUUCUCCACCGGGAACACAUUUCCCCAGCUGUCUCAUCCGAGCCUCUUAGUUCCUGUGAGAAUACAGACCCAUGUGCCAUCCUUUGGCAGUAUCACCUACACUUCAGUAUCUCAGAUAAUUGACAAUCAGUAUGAAGGCGUUUGCUCCCUUACAUCCACCCCUCAGAAUCAAACUGCCCGUUUGUCUGGAAAUUUAGAUUCUCAUACAAGACCAUCUUCCAUGCAAAACCUCACUGUCGAAGCCCUUGAUCUGUCAUCAGCUAAACUCAAGACAGGCAUCCCUCUUUCUCUGACCUCAAGAACUAUCUCAACCACUAACGCCUCCAGUGGUGGCGCUAACAAACGGAUGCUGUCCCCUGCUAGCAGCCUGGACCUUUUCAUAGAGGUCAAGCAGCAAAAACGUGUGAAAGAGGAAAGAAUGUUUGGCCAAAUUGUAGAGGAGCUGAGUGCUGUCGAAUUGGGAAAAUGUAAUUUGAGCGAAGAGAGGGGGCAAAGGUCAGAGAAGCAGGGUGCAUCAACACCUCAUGCUCAGGAUGACUCACAUAGGAGUAAAUUUAUCACACUUCAGCAGAAAGUAACAGAGCCAACUGACCACGGACUUGAGUCAACUAUGGAAAGUAGCUCCUUGGAAACCGGCUCACCAUCCUACAUGAUGUCAGCCAGUGAAGUGAAAGAGGUUGGCAUGGAGAAACAAGUGCAGAUGGAUACGAUGGCACAGCUGGUUACCAGUCCAGAUAUCCUGAUCUCAGACACUGAGCAUUCAAGACUGUUAUCUCAGUUUCCAAGCCUUCGCACGACGACAGGUGUGAGCUGGUGUUAUCUCAACUACACCAAGCCGAGCUGCUCUCACACCAACGCCCCUUUCUUCUCUGUGUACGCCACCUGGUGUGUGAGUUCCCACAACCCCAACCCUCUGGAACUGACUACCAAUGCUGCUCUGGCUCUGCUGCGGUCCAAACAGAGGGGAGAAAAGGUUAUAUACACAGUGGCUGCCAUGUCUCAGGCUGGAACGGGGAAACUGGUUUCAUCCCUCAUCCUGUGGAGGCAGACCAUGGAACAGCUGCAGAGGAAACCAGAGCCCAAAGAGGUGGACAUCACCUACGGGAAGAAGGUGAAAGACACCAGCAGCAGAGUGAAAACUACCAAGGAGGAGUGGAAAGAGAGGGAGGCGUCCACAACCCAAACAGUGCCAACACGCAUUAAGAUCUUCGAGGGAGGGUUCAAGUCCAAUGAAGACUAUGUGUACGUCAGAGGUCGAGGUCGGGGCAAAUACAUUUGUGAAGAGUGUGGCAUUCGCUGUAAAAAACCAAGCAUGCUGAAAAAACACAUCAGGACGCACACAGACGUGAGGCCAUACAUCUGCAGGGUGUGCAACUUUGCUUUUAAAACUAAAGGAAACCUGACAAAACAUAUGAAGUCAAAGGCACACAUGAAGAAAUGUCUUGAACUUGGAGUAUCAGUGACAUUAGAUGACACAGAGAUCCAAGAACAUGUUGAUGACAACCAACAAGAAUCCAAGACGGAGGUGGUGGUCCCAACCAAACACCAGUUCUCAGAUGCAGAAGACUCUGACGGCAUGGAUGAAGAAGCUGAUGACAUUGAUGAAGAGGACGAUGAGGAUGAUGAUUAUGAGGGUGACUCCACUCCAAAGUUGCGCUCAAGAAGCACAAGUCCUCAGCCAUGUGGAGUCACUUCUCUGUCAGUCACAGCUACUGCUGCUAUCCACGGCUGUUCCCUCACCUCUCUUCCUGAUCCUGAUCUCCGGCAACAGUCCUCUAGUAUGCGGACAGGUCCUAUGCUGGCAACAGAUCAGAGAGAGAAGUCCAUGGAUGAAGAUUCUCUGGCUCUGCUGUCUCCAGACCAUGCCAGCUUUCUAUUCGACCCUUAUUCUUCUUGUCUGCUCUCUCCUGGUUGGGAGUCCCCCAUCAGGGAGCCCUCCCCUUCACGUCUGCGUUACCCGUCCCCGAGGAGAGAAAUCUCCCCACGUGGCCGCUCCUCUCCUCGAUGGGAUACCUCCUCCUUAAGGCCGGGUUCGCCUAGCUUGACAGCCAUUCAGCACCUCUCCCCGGCCUCAAUUGAACGUCCCAUGUCUCCUGGAACAGAGCUUGCUGGAAAGUCGUCAGUCAGAGGCCGGCAAAGAGUUGUGCUGAGGGCAGUUUCUCCACGCAGAGGCUCGCACCAACACAGAGGCAGCAGUGAUAAAACCAGACACCAGACAAAGAUGGAAAUGGCUCAACACCAAGUGGCCCUUGAAAUGGAAAUGGAUCAAAGGAGCAGCUUGGCUUCUACUCUGCCUGGUGCUGCCAGUUCUCAUCACCAGAACAUCCUCAGCCACCUCCCACUUCACUCCCAGCAGCAGGCCCAAAGUUUGCUCCCCAUCGCUCCUGUCGGAGGGCUCCAGAUGUUACACUCCCCACCUUCAUCCACCACUGAUGUCACCCCUUCCUUGGUGCCAAGACCCCAGAGCAAUGAAGGCCAGCGUUGCAGCAGCAUGGAGGGAUCUGUUCAUGGGCUUGAGACGGGAGGAGAGGACAUCAGAGGCCAGGACCAGCUGGCUGCUCAGGAGAAAACCCUCGACCUCAGUGUCGGGGACAGCGGACAGGAGGAGAAUGUCCAGACCUGCUUGAAAGCCAUUGCCUCAUUGAAAAUUACCACCGAAGACCCUCACUGAAGCCUCUUUUUUGUGUCUUCUUGAUUUGACACAGGAACAGACGCCCCUUUGCAACAACUGCAAUCUUGUUGCCCUCUGCCCUUUAGGCAUAUAACUCCAUCUUUAUCCCAUUAGAGGCAAUAUAAUAACACUUCCUCUGGUCUUGAACACACUCCAGACAGCUCAUUUUAAAUCUGAGCGGACACCAAACCUUCACAGUGAAGAGGAAAACUGUCUGAUGUGCUCUUCUCUUCAGAGAUUCUUUGAAAUUAUUGGAUGAGCAGUGGGAUGUCUUGGGAAGAUGAAAAUCAUUAUUGGGUGCAGGUGCAAUAUGGAAAGAUAUUAUGCUAAUAUGCCUUUGUUUGACAAAGUAGUUUGCGUACAAUUGCACAUAAAUUAUAUUUAUGGAUUCUGUACAAAUGUCCUUAACAUAUACUCCUUCUUAGAUGCAUACAAACAGUGUAUUUUACUGUAUGUGUACUUUGAAAAUAGACUGUUGUUUAAUGUAAUCAUAUCAAGAUGUGAUACAGUAGUGCAGUAAAUGAAGACUAUUUAUAAGAGGAAAAGUAUGUGUACUAUGAAACAGUCUGACCAAAUUUUAAGUAGACGCUUCUUGUGCAGUUUGGUGCUUCUAAUCAAGCAGCAAGGGUUUGUGCCUUUAUUUUGCUUUUCAUCCAUUGUUAUCCGAGGGUUGCUGUUGAAUAAGGAAAAUGUCGAGGUACUCUUUAUUCAGACAUGUCUGCGCCGUCAGAGCAUUCUCUCAAAGGAAAGCUUCUUUUUUUCGGUCAGGUCUUCUGACAGACGGUUGCAGCUUGAUUUAUGUGAAACAAUCUUAAAUAACGUUUCUUUUGUUGCAUUUCUCUUAAUGUUGUGGUUUUUAUCUUGGUAAAAAUGCAUGGGAUUUGCUAUUGCACAAAAAUAGAGGAAGUUAUUAUGUAAUUAUGAAUACUGUAAGAUGUAUUUAUAUAUUAGAACGUGAGCACUUAUUGAUACUGGUAAAUAUUUGACUACUAUUUAUAUGGUAUAUCUGUACUUAUGCAGCAGUGAUGCAGUUAUGCAGUGAGCCACGCUGGCAUUGCUUUUGAUCUCAUGUACUUGCUUUUAUUGAACAGCUUUUAUUUCUUUCUUAUACGGAUGACCAUAAGCAUUUUAUGAGUUUUGACGAUGCACUUUCAUCCUUUCAUCUUUGAUGUUUAACUGACUCGGUCAGAGAACACAGGGGAGUAAAACAUGUUACGUUCUCUUGUGAUUUUGAAACAUUCCAGUCGUUCUGUCACGUUUCCCAUGUUGUGAAACAUGUUGCACACAAUUUUAAGGGGCUAUGAUGAUCAGUCAAAAGUGUGUUUUCUUGCAUUUCAAGUGUAACUGGAUAAAUCAAUAUCACUUACUAUUAGUAACACUAAAGUAAUGAUGUUAUAACAGCGUGAGUUGUUUGACUAUAACUGUGCUUCAACUCAAAAUGUAAGUAAUCGUUCACCAAAUGCAUUACUUCUUCUCUGUAAAUAUACGUGUAUUUUUAUUAUUUAAACUAUUUUUGCAGUGUUGAAUUCUGAAAACUUUUUAAUGCAGAUUGUUUAUAUCUCUCUAAGAGGUAAAAUGUCUGCAGUUGACGUAAUGGAGGUGUAAUGAGGGCGAAAAUAGCACAGUGUUGAUCCCUAACACCGUGUGUCUCAUCUUCUAAAAAAAAAAGUGUAUUCACAUCACAUCUUCAAGUGGUUACGUUACCAGUUUGGGAAAUAGAUUUUGAAAUCUGAAAACACUUUGUUCACUCAUGUUUACAUAAAAAAUUCAAAGGUGCACUGCUUUAAUUUGUUUCCCUCUCUGAAGAUGUAUGUAGCUUUGAUUUCACGGUUAUGUGAUUUUAUUUGUUGUGAUAAAGAUGCAGAGUGCUCAUGAAAUGUGAAGGGAAAGUGAAGCCUUUUUGCUUUUGCAUACAGUAUGUAUUCAGAAUGUGUUUGUGUUUUGUUUUUAUUGUGUAUUCAUAUUAAGUGAACUGCAUUGUGCCUCUCAUAUCUAUGAAAUUCCCUGUAAAACACACGGAGGACAAAUCAUUUUACCUCUCAGCUAAAAAUCUUUGAGGAGAAAAAACCCUCUGUAGCCAAUCUGUUGUUUCGCUUUUUGCAUCAAAACUGGCAAGUCAAGACGGAGUGCCUCUUUUAUGCUAUGGGGACUUUAUUGUUUGGUGCUCUACUUUUUCAGAUUAAAUUCAAAAUUGUUUUAAAAGAAUCUACUUCGGACCCAAAGGGUGUGUGUUGCAGCUUAUUUCAUGUUUUUAACAUUGUUGUUCAAAAUGGCUUGCAUACCUUCAUGGUUGUUCAAAUUAGAGCACACAAGGAAGGGUUUUCAGAAGAAAUCAUUCACUUUUUAUCUUGAGGGGGAGUUUGGGAAAAAAAUAUUUCCAGAGUGAAAAACUGCAGAGACUCCGACCAGUGACAUCCUCUGGUGAAAAAUUAUUACUGCAGUCAUAACGUGAAACAAGAAAAAAUAAAUGAAUGCUUCCAAAAAUA